AUGGCUCACUCCAACAUUUCAUUCAUUCGUUUCUUUGCCCUUCUUCUCGGACUUCCAGCAUGCUCAGCGGCUGUGGCGCCAACCGGGUGCUCCAAGCUCCAUGCCGACGAUGACUGGCCUGCGGUUGAAGAGUGGCAAGCAAAGCUGCCUGGCAUCAUCAAGCAGAACCUCAGCGACGCCAAUGGACUGCUUCCCGACUACCGCAUCCGCGCUAAGAGCUACUCUGAGGUUCAAGACGCCAUCAGGUUCGCUGCCUCGAACAACAUUCGCCUUACUGUCAUUACGACCGAACACGACGAACUCGGCCGCAGUGACGCCGGUUCCGGGCUCAUCAUCGAUCUGUCACUUCUUCGAGGCGCCAGAGUGUCGAAUUCGUUCACUGCUACCAAGGAAGGCGUUGCCAGUAUUGCUUCCGAUGAGGAAUUGAAGACGAUCCAACCCGAGAGCGGUUCUCAGGCGGCGGUCACGUUUAAUCCGGCUGUAGGAAGCCUGGCCAUGAACUACGGUCUUGACGCAUCUGGCUUGUUCAUUGUUGGCGGCACCGCUCAAGGAGUAGCUAUCGGAGGUGGCUGGGGCCAAAAUGGAGGAUACGGCCCGCUCACUGCACAGUACGGUAUCGGUGUAGACCAGUGGCUCGAAGCUAAGGUAGUCACACCGGACGGCGAACUUCGAGUGGCUAAUGAGGUGUCCAACCCCGAUCUCUUCUGGGCCAUCAGAGACGGCGGGGGUGGCACGUUCGGUGUCGUCGUCGAAGCAACGUGGAAGGCGUAUCCCACUGUCCCCAUUCUCGGCUUUCAUUGGUACAUCAACUCCACCCUCGUGGUCAACGAAACCGACGCAGAGAACGGCAAGACUCCUACCAGCGAAGCUCUUGCAUACCUGUUCUCAGAGCUACCGGAACUCCAGAAGAAGGGUAUCUCUGCGUAUUUCUACGUUUUGAACGACAACAUCAGGUGCCACGCCAUCCAUCCGGGCUCAUUGGCAAACGCUGAGGCUGCGAACAAAAUCUGGGGCCCGAUCCUCGAGAAGAUACAAUCUUUCGAGGGGAUGACUCCUUUUCAGAGCAAGCAUUUCCAUUUCAACAGCUACAAGGAGUUCUUCCGGGAGACCUACGGGGAGCUUGAGGCUUUCAACUCUACCGACCCACCUCGCAACCAUGGCAUCGUCCCCUUCGACAGCCGUCUCUUGAGCGAGGAGCACCUUAAGAACCCCAAUCUUACCUACGCCCUCCGAAAGACUGGGGGAAACUUCGGCGUCCUGAUGACCACACCAGGCAUGGCCGUCGGUGACGGAUCAAAUACCGCCGUCAACCCCGGCUGGAGGAAUGCCACUGUCUUUCUGAACGGAUUCAAGUCCAAUACUACCAACGUCGAUGGACUCCGCGAUGCCGAUGAGCCCGACUGGUCGGCUUCCUUCUGGGGCUCAAACUACCCCCGCCUCUCUGCCCUGAAGUCCGAGCUGGACCCAAGCAUGGUCUUCUGGACGACCCCUGGCAUCAACGCUGACCAUGUCAAAGCCGUCGAUGGCCGAGCCUGCCUUGUCGACGCUAAGCCAGAGACGCCUUCGAAGUACCCGCCGCAGAAUGAGAGGCGUGUCGUCGCUGACAUCCAAAAUGACCGCGAAUUCCUGUUCAGCGUGCAGGAAAUCAACGGAAACCAAUUCCCAGCUCCUGGAACUUUUGUUGGCUUGCAACCCGCUUGA